GGUAAUUCGGGGCAAGUACAGAGGCUCCAGGUCCUCGAAGAUGCAGUGAAACGAUAGAAAGAUAUGAUAGACCUACACCGCCGGUCGAAUUUAUUCCGUCUUAGUUCCGCGUCGAAAGAGCAAUUCUGCACCCUUAGUGAGUAGUUGAGGUGUGUUCUCCGCUGAGACAAAGGGACUUGCAGCAUUGGUUCACAUUUUCGACCCGGGGACGAAACAUAAAGUAGCUGUGCUCAUUUUCUUCCAUACAGAAUCUUGACUUGGUUUCUACUUGGUAUAUCUGAGAUACUGGACAUCAACCUGAGAGUGCUUCUUGUUUUUGCCUCGUGUCAGAAAAUCAUCUUGUUAAUAUGCAGCUUCUAUUUCCUCCAGUGUCUCCGUUUCUGGAGUUAAUUCAACAUGCGCGGCAACACCCCGAUAGGAUUGCUCUUAGGGACCAUUCUACGGGGAAAACUGCCACAGCCGGACAAUUGCUGCAGAGAGUUUCUUCGCUCCGCGAUAAAUUGAAGGAUGAGCUGCUUCAGAAUGGAUGGGAAACCGCCGGCCAAGACAAAUUUAUCUUUCUUAUAGCUCCUCCGGGAUUGGAAUAUGUGGUAUCGAUGCUCACCAUCUUCUCCCUCGGUGCCGCCAUGUCAGCACAAUCCAUCGUUGUCAAGCCAGAGGAUGUUCUGCGCUAUUUCAAGCUCGCAAAGCCUCUAGCCCUGCUAUAUGCCCCCGCGCUCGCCGAGAAAGCCCAGGCAAUCAAAGUCUUGUGUGCCAGCAGUGACAGCGGAGUCAACCCCAAACUCCCUUUCGUGGAAAUACAGACAUCUUGCCUCGACAGCUCGACAUCUCUCGAAUACGAAACAAGCGUUAGCACCAAGAACCUGUCUACUCAGAAUGGUACAUUGUUCUUCACAUCAGGCACAUCUGGAAAUCAGAAAGGCGUGGUUCAUUCCUACCAAGCUCUUCUUGCGUCCGCACGAGAGCGAAUAGGAACGUGGCAGAUGACAGAAAAGGAUGUGUUUCUCAACCAAAAACCAGGCAAUUGGAUGGGAGGGAUUUUCGGCAUCAUUCCAAGUUUGAUGUCUGGAGCUUGCCUAGAAACUUGUGGAGGCGUCUUCAACCCCGAAUGGUUUUGGGAACGCAUUAGGCAAGGGGGUGUCAGCGUAUUUGACGUUGCACCUACUGGUUAUGACAGGCUCGCAAAGUACUUUGACGACCAUAUCGCUGUGCUACCCCCCGCAGAGACAGAGAUUUAUGUUCAAGGAAUGAUAGAUGUUAAGGUUGCGGGCGUCUCGGGAUCACUCCUUUCGCCACAUACGCAAGAGAGAUGGACGAAACUCCGUCGUGGAAAGCCAUUGCUAAACCUAUAUGGAUCUACAGAGGUCACCUUGAUAUGCAGCAUGAGAUGGGAAAACCCCGACUAUACUGAUAUGUCCUCGAUCGGACCACCCGUGACGGGAGUUGAGGUGAAGCUUGUGGACGGGGAGAUGCGACUCAAGGCUCCUUCGAUGUUCUCACGAUACAUUUCGGAUGAUCCAACCUUGACCGAGAAGGCUUUCGAUUCAGAGGGCUACUUCAAGAGCGGAGAUUGUGCAGAAAAGGUCGGGGAUACUUAUGUUCUCCACGGCCGGGCAAACAUAGAUGUUCUGCAUUUCUGGGGCUUCACCGUCCAUACAGGCGAAGUCGAAAGCGCGCUUCUCUCUCUCCCCUACAUCGCCGACGCCAUCUCCCUACCUCUCGCCGACACGGAAUACAAGGAGCGCGUUUCUGCUAUUGUGAAAAUCAAGCCAUCAUUGGAGCAGCCGAGCUUCGACGCCCUUCGACAUGACCUGACAGAAAAGACUGGUUUGAUGCUAUUCAAGCAACCGACAGUAAUCUACUGGCUCAAAGAGGGUGAAGAAAUAUCUUUGACAGUAAACGGGAAGAUUUCAAAGAUAGAUGCCCGCAAGAAGUUCUUUGGUGAUGAUUGGCGGGGAAAGGAUGGAGUGGACGUUAUAGACUUAUCGAAGAUGGAAUAUUGGCGAAUGGGUGGGCAGUGUUGAGAGGUAUGAGGAGUGGCGAGUUGUUUUCAGGGACUUAUCGGGUUGUGAAAGCUGAAUUCAGAAACAAAUACAAAUGGAGAUAUUUGACGAUGCUUUAAAAAGUAAAAGACUUCGUCAGAUCACAGGUCUUGUC